AUGGACGGCAAUUGCUCGACGCCUCGUGGUGGCCCAGUGCCUAAAGUAAGUUAGGGGAGUUUUAUUCGACUUCUGAAGUUUGCCAAAUUGGGAAUAUGUAUGUAUUUUACAAUUUUAGAGAGGCCGUCCUUUCAAUGCGGACGAAAACAUGGAAGAAACCUACAUCGACUCAACCUACCGAGGUGGACUCACCUGUGGUGGUAAUGAUUCACUUGCUGAAUUUAUGCAAACAGUCGAAGAAGCCUCGGAGAAAAUUGUUGACAAGGUCGAAGAAUUACAGGUCGAUUCUCCUCGAUGUGCUGACAUGAAUCAGUCGGUUCUGACAGCAAAAGAAAAUGUUCAGACGCCUACAGGUUGUAAUGUUAAUGACGACGACACUCUUGAAUGCUUGCUGGAGAUUCAGAAGAGUACUCCAACUCCGUUGCGAAAGCCACACAUUCUGAACAAAACUCCAGCUUCGAUCCGGUUUGAUUUAGAAAGGGAGGAUGAUCAAACUCCAUUGGCCAAGAAUGUAUGUUUGUUAUAUUUUUUUGUGAACUUUGUAGGUAUAAGCGUAAUAUAAUCCAAAUACUUUUUUAGACUAUGUCACCAUCCCUGGGACGGCCCGACAUGUCUAUGUUAGAUUUAACAACGGCCAAAGAAAGUACACUUCCACUUCUUGAAGAUGAUUCAAAGUCGCACCAAGAAAAAUUAGAACGCCCUGAGGGAUCUUCUACGCGUACUGGUGCCAUAGAUUCAUUUGUUCUGGUCGAAGACGAUCCUGUUGUUGUCGAGACGUCGCUGGAAAAGAUUGAGGAAGUUGUCGAAGAUGUUCAUCAGAGAACGUUGGAGGCAGCUAACGAGAAGUACAACAAAACUUUUGAAGUUGAGAGAUCGAGAUGCUUUGAAGUUACGGACUGUGUCAGAGAAGCUUGUCUGAACCUUUCAAAGGACGAAAGAUUCAGAGAGAUGAUGAAAACCACUGUGGAUUCGAUCGAAUUUGAUGUGAUGGAAUACUUCAGUGGAUCUGUUGAAGACAACGACCGAUUGAAAAAUGACUUUGACCAGUUCUUAUCCUUGAUCUGCAAUGUAGUUAGAAGCGAAGAGAAGGUGAGCGUUUUUACGCCAAUUUACGUUUUCUGUAUUUAGGAACGUCUGAACUCUUUGCACGAGAAGGACAAAGAGGGAUAUGAUUACAUGUUGGAAGUGGAAAGAAAGAAAUAUAUCCAGAAAGAGAGGCAGUGGAAGGAAUCCAUGGAAGAAGCCGAAAAGGCAAUCGAAGAGUUAAAGAACAGAUUAACUGAGAUUACAAAAGGAAAAGAUGGGCAUAUCGAUGGAUUGAAUAAACAAAUCGAGGAAUGUCACCGAAGAAUCGAGGAACUGGAGAAUCAAAACAAUACUUUGGAGAAGCAAAUGAAGAGCCAGAAGAAAUCGGACUCAAUUCAGCCUCAUCUGAAGCUGUUGAAAAAAUGUGAUUACGUAAGUUCAUAUUGAAUCGACAAUUAAUUUACAGUUGGAACGAAGGAACCAUGACGUGACCGAUAGGCUUUCUUCUUUUGAUGAUCUACAGAAGAAGUCGGAGGAUCUUAAUUACGAGUUGAACCUCGUAAAAUUGCAUGCAGGUCUCAUUUCGAAAGCCGAUGCCAUCAAGUUCUUCGGCCCAUCAGUGGACCAAUGUUUAAAUGAUUACUUGAAAAGUCAAAGCAAAGUUUAA